GGGUAUUAAUUGAGGGGCAUCAGUACAUGAGGCCCAAUGUUCCCUGCCUCGAGCUCAUUUUGAAUCCACAGGCAAAGUUUCCAUCUGAAUGACCCCUCCUUCCCUUGCGGGAGAAAAGCUCCCGUCUCGAAUCUCGACCUUCCCCUCCAUGUGGUGGCUUGCAAGGCUGAGAGCUCCAGAUGCCAAGAGUCAAGACCCCCGCAAUGUGGCUGAAUAGCAAGUGGCGCUCAGGUAAGGUCUCGGCCAGCCGCGGCUGCAACAGCUCCAUAGUUGCAGGUACCGGCCGAUUCGGGCAGUUUGGUAGUAGGAGAAGGUUGUCAACUAUUGGAGCUCGGAGUUUUGGGCGUUAUUGUUGCCGCCUUUUCGAUGCGUCUUUCCUUUCGAGCCCCUCUCCCGUCAAGAGGUUUGUUGAGGCUCACUUCUUCGGCACCAACUGCCCGGCCAUCACUCGGUCGUCCAUCAACAGAUCUCAAAUCCACCAGAUCUCUAUUACCGCUGCAGCCGCGCCGUCUAUUCAACAUGAACUCCCAGGAGCUUACCCAGUACUACGCCGAUGCCCCGCCUGCUGUCGUCAGGCUCGAAAUCGAGAAGCACUUCAACGCCUUGGAUGACAAGGCAAAACGUUAUGCCCACUUUAUCAGCCGAGCAUCCCUUGCGGGUAACCGCAUAGUCCUGAGGCAGGUCUCACCCGAGUCCGAGUCCAUCUAUGAUUUUAUCAUUGCUCUUCACAGGGCCGCCGCUGGUGAUUGGAAGGGUCUUGCCAAGAAAGUUGGUGUUGACGAGGCCGGUCUUUCAGCUUUCCUCCAAUAUGCUGCUCAGUUCCUCGGCAACAGUGGCAACUACAAGAGCUUUGGCGACUCCAAGUUCAUUCCAAGGUGUGAUGAGUCCGUCUUCACUGCUCUUGCCUCUGCCUCGCCCGAGGCGGAGAAGCACUUGAAGGCUACGGAUGGCGCCAUCUUCUCAGCUGACAAGCCUGGCCUGCUUCACCUCGGUUUCACGGACGAGGGUCACUUGACCACGUACUACCCGGACUCUCCUAGCAUCAUCAAGGAUGAGAUUGAUGCUGUGGCCAAGUGGAUGCAGGUCAAGGGAUUGCUCCCAGAGAAUACCAGACUCCGCAAGACUGAGGAUGGUGUCUUUGAGCUGCUCAUUGCAUCUGCCAUCACCAGCUUUCCUGCCGAUGGUGGCGAUGCCGGGAAGGAGGCCGAGUUUGUGAUCAGCGAGGGGCCUCUUGAGGGCAGGACCAUCAAGCUGGUCUAUGGUGACUACUCCAAGGAAAUGGCUGAGAUCACCAAGAACAUCAAGAAGGCGGCUGAGAAUGCCGAGAACGAGACCCAGGUCAAAAUGCACACUGCGUAUGCCAAGUCCUUUGAAGAGGGCUCUCUUUUGGCGUUCAAGGACUCUCAGAGAUAUUGGGUAAAGGAUCAAGGGCCGAUGGUCGAGUCCAACAUUGGCUUCAUCGAGACCUACCGGGACCCUGCCGGUAUUCGUGGCGAGUGGGAGGGCUUUGCUGCCGUUGUUAACCAGGACAGAACUCGGGCCUUUGGCGAGCUCGUCAGAUCCGCACCAUCACUUAUCCCUCUCCUGCCAUGGGGCAAAGAUUUUGAGAAGGACAAGUUCCUGUCCCCAGACUUCACGUCGCUUGAGGUGUUGACGUUUUGCGGGUCCGGCAUCCCGGCCGGUAUCAACAUCCCCAAUUACGACGACAUCCGACAACUUGAGGGCUUCAAGAACGUGUCUCUCGGCAAUGUACUCAGCGCCAAGGCCCCAGAUGAGAAGAUCCCCUUCAUUGCGGAGAGUGAUCUUGAGGUGUAUAAAAAGUACAGAGAUGCUUCUUUCGAGGUCCAGGUCGGUCUGCACGAAUUGACUGGACACGGUUGCGGCAAGCUUCUACAGGAGACCGCCCCCGGCGUUUACAACUUCGAUGUCAAGAACCCACCUGUGAGCCCAGUCACCGGCAAGCCUAUCACCACAUGGUAUAAGCCGGGCCAGACCUGGGGUUCCGUCUUUGGUGGUCUUGCUGGUGCUUAUGAGGAGUGCCGUGCUGAGCUUGUGGCUAUGCAUCUCAGCUGUGAAUUCUCCGCCCUCAAGAUCUUCGGCUUCGGCGACGGCUCCACGGACAUUGACGGCGAGGCUGGGGAUGUUCUGUAUGCCUCGUACCUCAGCAUGGCUCGUGCUGGUUUGACAUCCAUCGAGUUCUGGGACCCCAAGUCUCAAAAGUGGGGGCAGCCUCACUGCCAGGCUCGUUUUGCCAUUCUCAAGUCUUUCCUCGAGGCUGAGGAUGAUUUCUGCAAGCUGGAGUACAAGAAUGAGGAUCUCUCUGACCUCACCAUUCGCCUUGAUCGCUCCAAGAUUUUGACCAGUGGUAGAAAGGCCGUUGGUGACUUCCUCCAGAAGCUCCACAUCUACAAGUCCACCGCUGAUGUCGAGACCGGUUCCAAGUUCUUUACUGAGAUGAGCAACGUUGGUCUUGAGUACUGGGGCACCAAGGUCCGGAAUGUGGUUCUUAAGAACAAGCAGCCGAGGAAGGUCUUUGUCCAGGCCAACACUUACCUGGAUGAGAAGACCGGUCAGGUCACGAUCAAGCACUAUGAGCCAACGCUGGAGGGUGUGAUCGAGAGCUGGGCUGACAGGGAGGAGUGACUGUCGAUUGCAAGAGGUGGUGGGGUUGAGGAAGGUAGAACAUGGCUUCGAUCUGUCCUUUAAAUACCUAGUCGACAGACAAAGCAACCUGUGGCCAAAGACCGAGGUUGAAUUGAAUGAAUCAACACAAGAAUCUUCACUCAAAGUGGUUGUGUACCAAGCAAGUAAAAGUAUUCAAAUCGCUCAUAUUUUGAUAACCAUAACAGUAUUAAAAUG